UCGAUCUUUAGGCAGAAUGUUCCACAAUCUGGACACUCGAGGCAGCAGCGGUGGCCGCAGUAGUAGACUCUUCGGUCUCCUGAUCAGCCGCCGUGCGCUGUGCGGACGGUCUCUGACUGUCGAACGCGGAGGUACCACCCGGCAGAUCUCGUAGGCGGAGCCAGAAUGUGUGCAUGUUGCAUGCACACGUGUUCCCUCGCCAGAGUCCAUGUG